CGCUGUGACGUCACGGGCGGAGCUGUCCACGCAGCGGUGGUGCUGAAGCUGAACAAGAUGGCUGAGUGUUGGAGACCGGAGAGCUGAGAGCCGAACUAGGGGGGAGAAAAGAGUCUCAGAUUCACUCAGACGCGCCGUAAAAAAAAGAGACACCGAGCGGACAGCGGCUAUAUUUACUCUCCAAGUCCGAAGACUCUGACUCCUGAGCGGUGAAACGAGCCCUGGCGGCCCCGGUGCUGCUCACUCCACCGUCGGCAGGUUUCUCCAUCUCCAGCCCGCUCCUGCCGUUCAUCCCCCCGGACUGUAUAUUUCCACAAAUUAGCUCAGCCAAUAAGGAAGCUGGUGAAGAAGCUGGACUAUAAGAAAUGUCAUUGCUGUGUGUUGGAGUGAAGAAAGGCAAGCUUGAUGGACCCCAAGAGAAAUUUAACACGUACGUGACCCUGAAGGUGCAGAAUGUCAAGAGCACAACCAUCGCUGUGCGCGGCAGUCAGCCGUGCUGGGAGCAGGACUUUAUGUUUGAAAUAAACCGCCUGGAUCUGGGCCUCACAGUGGAGGUGUGGAAUAAAGGGCUGAUCUGGGACACCAUGGUGGGCACCUUAUGGAUCCCCCUGCGCAACAUACGGCAGUCCAACGAGGAGGGUCCAGGUCAGUGGUUGACUCUGGACUCCAAUGUGAUCAUGGCUGAGAAUGAGAUCUGUGGAACCAAAGAUCCAACCUUUCACAGGCUGCUGCUGGACACACGCUUUGAACUGCCGCUAGACAUUCCAGAAGAAGAGGCCAGAUACUGGGCAAAGAAACUUGAACAACUUAACGCAAUGAGAGAUCAAGAUUACGGCUAUCAAGAGGAACAGGAGCGACCACUCCAUGCUCCAUCCACACAGUGCUGUAAUUGGAGUCUGUGGGGAGAUCAGCAAAAUGAAGACCCAGACAGCGCCGUGGAUGACAGGGACAGCGACUACCGCAGUGAGACCAGUAACAGCAUCCCGCCUCCCUACUACACCACCUCCCAGCCCAACGCCUCCAUGCACCAGUAUCCCAUGAGGCACCAGCACUACAGGCACUCCUACAACGACGACAUGCAUGAGCUGGACUACGAUCACAGAGCCAUGAGACGCUAUGAUAGUUUAGACUCGGCCACCAACGGGCGCAGUGAUAUCGACUCAGGCUCAGGCUCGAGCCGCCGCACCAGUCGUCAGUAUUCUCUAGACAGUAGGCACUCACUGUCCGAUAGUCCGACGGACAGUCGUUAUGCCUCGUCGGGCGAAUUGAGUCGAGGCAGCUCUCAGCUCAGUGAGGAAUUCGUUCCUGAGGACGGGGAAAGCUUGCGAGGUUCCGAAUUCUACGAUGAAAAUGACUCCUACCACUCCUGCCACUCCUCCGUCAGCUACGGCAAAGAAGACUCCCCAGGGUGGGAUGGUGAGGACCAGCAGGGCGUCUACAGCGAUGAGGGAGGCUACCUUAAAGACGGAGGGGAAGAGGGGGCGCUGUAUGACGAAGAGGAGGGCGACAUGUACGCAGAAGAAGGCGAGUACAACUACGAGGAUGAAGAGGAGAUGCCAUAUGAGGAAGAUGAAGAUAUGUACCCACUAGAUGGCACGCUCAGUGAAGACCAGGAGCUUCCCUAUACGCCAACACCCACAAGCACUGCGCCCACGCUGAUGCCACCCUCUGACAGCCUGACCUCCAGCAGGCCGCCGCUGGAGAAGCAGGCGUCGUUGCAUCAGCAGCGGGCCGGACAGGAUCAGCCGCCCAGCUCAGCUCCCGGUCUACCUCCUAUCUCACAGGACAACACGUUGCCCCCUUUCACCGCAGAUUCCACCAAAGCUCCGUUUACACCCGCGCAGCAAGAUCUGUCCAUCACGACUACAUCCGCCCCCACACCUACAACCACAUCGCACAUUCCAGCUCCAGAAAUCAAGCCUCUGGAGCCUGAGCCCAAAUCUGAGGUGCCGCUGGAGGAACCUCAACCCUUGGAACAGCCUCCAGCAGCAGAGAGCGCUCCCCCGGCUCCUGAAGAGAAACCAGAAGAGCCUCCUGUUCUAAGCUUCCCAAAGAGGGAAAUCAUGGAACCUGGUCCUGCCAGAGCCAAGGCCAAUUGGCUUCGACUUUUCAGCAGAGUACGACUGCAGCUGCAAGAGGCCCGAGGAGAAAGCGUUGGCAUUGCCUCUCUGCUUUUAUCAGCAGGGAUGGGUGGUGCUCUGUACAGCAUUGACAGCAUGCCAGAUCUCAGAAAGAGGAAAGCGAUGCCUCUGGUCAGAGAUCUGUCCUUGGUACAGAACUCCAGGAAGGCAGGCAUCACCUCAGCGCUGACGUCCAGCACCCUGCACAACGAAGAACUGAAGAGUCAUGUCUAUAAGAAGACCCUCCAGGCCCUCAUCUAUCCCAUCUCCUGCACCACCCCCCACAACUUUGAGGUGUGGACAGCCACCACGCCCACCUACUGCUACGAGUGCGAGGGGCUGCUGUGGGGAAUCGCUCGCCAGGGGAUGCGCUGCACUGAGUGCGGCGUCAAAUGCCACGAGAAGUGCCAAGAUCUACUCAAUGCUGACUGUCUGCAAAGAGCAGCCGAGAAGAGCUCCAAACAUGGUGCCGAGGACAGAACCCAGAACAUCAUCAUGGUUCUCAAGGACCGCAUGAAGAUCCGCGAGAGGAACAAACCCGAGAUCUUCGAACUCAUCCAGGAAGUGUUCACCGUUGUCAAGGCCACCCACGUCACCCACAUGAAGCAGAUCAAGCAGAGCGUGUUGGACGGCACCUCAAAGUGGUCGGCCAAGAUCAGCAUCACAGUGUUGUGUGCACAGGGUCUACAAGCCAAGGAUAAAACUGGUUCCAGUGAUCCGUACGUCACCGUCCAGGUGGGGAAGACAAAAAAGAGGACCAAAACCAUCUACGGCAACCUUAACCCGGUCUGGGAAGAGACAUUCAACUUCGAAUGUCACAACUCCUCAGAUCGGAUCAAGGUGCGUGUUUGGGAUGAAGAUGAUGACAUUAAAUCUCGCGUGAAGCAGAAGUUCAAGCGAGAGUCAGACGACUUCCUCGGUCAAACUAUCAUCGAAGUCCGCACUCUGAGCGGAGAGAUGGACGUCUGGUACAAUCUGGACAAGCGUACGGACAAAUCGGCGGUGUCCGGGGCUAUCCGCAUGCACAUUAAUGUGGAGAUCAAAGGAGAGGAGACGGUCGCCCCGUAUCACGUUCAGUACACCUGUCUGCAUGAAAACCUCUUCCAUUACGUGACAGAUAUCCAGAACAACGGUGUGGUGAAGAUCCCUGAUGCCAAAGGGGAUGAUGCGUGGAAGGUCUACUUUGAGGAGACCCCCCAGGAGAUUGUGGACGAGUUUGCGAUGCGUUACGGAGUGGAGUCCAUCUACCAGGCCAUGACCCACUUUGCCUGCUUGUCAUCGAAGUACAUGUGCCCAGGAGUUCCUGCGGUGAUGAGCACCCUGCUGGCUAACAUCAAUGCCUACUAUGCACACACCACCCAGGCAACCAACAACGUCUCUGCCUCGGACCGCUUCGCUGCUUCUAACUUUGGGAAAGAGCGAUUUGUGAAGCUUCUAGAUCAGCUGCAUAACUCCCUGAGGAUCGACCUCUCCAUGUACCGAAAUAAUUUCCCAGCCAGCAGUCCUGAGAGGCUGCAGGACCUCAAGUCCACGGUGGACCUGCUCACCAGUAUCACCUUUUUCAGAAUGAAGGUCCAAGAGCUCCAGUCGCCACCCAGAGCCAGUCAGGUCGUGAAGGAUUGUGUCAAAGCCUGUCUCAACUCCACCUACGAGUACAUCUUCAAUAACUGUCACGAGCUCUACAGCCGCGAAUACCAGACAGACCCGGCCAAGCAGGGUGCUGUGCCACCAGAGGAGCAGGGACCCAGCAUCAAGAACCUGGACUUCUGGUCCAAACUCAUCACGCUUAUCGUCUCCAUCAUUGAGGAGGACAAGAACUCCUACACUCCCUGCCUAAACCAGUUUCCCCAGGAGCUCAACGUGGGUAAAAUCAGCGCUGAAGUGAUGUGGAACCUAUUCGCUCAGGAUAUGAUGUACGCAAUGGAGGAACAUGAAAAAAAUCGCCUGUGCAAGAGUGCAGAUUACAUGAACCUGCACUUUAAGGUCAAGUGGCUGUACAACGAGUACUGCAAAGACCUGCCUUUCUUCAAGAGCAGAGUGCCUGAAUAUCCUGCGUGGUUCGAGCCAUUUGUCAUCCAGUGGCUGGACGAAAACGAGGAAGUGUCUCGUGACUUUCUGCACGGCGCUUUGGAGAGAGACAAAAAAGAUGGGUUCCAAGUCACUUCAGAACACGCUCUGUUCUCCUGUUCGGUGGUGGACGUCUUCUCCCAGCUCAACCAGAGCUUCGAGAUCAUCAGGAAGUUAGAGUGUCCGGAUCCGCAGAUUGUCGGACACUACAUGAAGCGAUUUGCCAAGACCAUCAGCAACGUACUUCUGUCAUAUGCUGACAUCAUCUCCAAGCUGUUUGCAAACUAUGUCACCAUGGAGAAAGUGCCCUGCAUCCUGAUCAACAACAUCCAGCAGCUGAGGGUUCAGUUGGAGAAGAUGUUUGAAGCUAUGGGUGGAAAAGACCUGUGUGUGGAGGCGAGUGAUAUCCUGAAAGACCUGCAGGUUAAGCUCAACAAUGUCAUGGAUGAUCUCAGCAGGGUCUUUGCUGUCAGUUUCCAGCCUCAUAUUGAGGAGAAUGUGAAGCAGAUGGGAGACAUCUUGGCUCAGGUGAAGGGAACCUCAAAUGUGGGAAAUGCCAGCAGUGUAGCCCAGGAUGCUGACAAUGUCCUGCAGCCAAUCAUGGAGUUUCUGGACAGCAACCUGACUUUGUUUGCUAAGAUCUGUGAGAAGACGGUGCUGAAGCGAGUGUUGAAGGAGCUGUGGAAGCUGGUGAUGAACACCAUGGAGAAGACCAUUGUUCUGCCGCCGCUCACAGAUCAAACGGGCACUCAGCUCAUCUUUAACGCUGCCAAGGAGCUCGGACAGCUGUCCAAGCUGAAGGAGCAUAUGGUUCGAGAGGAGGCCAAAGCACUAACGCCCAAGCAGUGUGCAGUGAUAGAGCUGGCUCUGGACACCAUCAAGCAAUAUUUCCAUGCUGGCGGUGUUGGCCUGAAGAAGACUUUCCUGGAGAAGAGUCCUGACCUCCUGUCUCUCCACUACGCCUUGUCACUCUACACACAAGCUACAGACAAACUCAUUAAGACCUUUGUCCAGUCACAGAAUGCACAAGUGUUCGGCGGGAAGGGGGUGAGAUUCACCACUAGUGAGGAUGUUUACCCAGAGAAGGGCUCCGGUGUGGACGACGCCGUGGGAGAAGUGUCCAUCCAUGUGGAGAUUUUCACUCACCCGAACACCGGAGAGCACAAAGUAACGGUCAAAGUGGUGGCUGCCAAUGACCUGAGGUGGCAGACGCAGGGAAUAUUCCGGCCGUUUGUGGAGGUCUACAUCAUCGGCCCUCACCUCAGCGACAAGAAGAGGAAAUACGCCACCAAGUCCAAGAACAACAGCUGGGCUCCCAAAUACAACGAAACCUUCACUUUCACCUUAAGUAAUGAGGUGGGUCCUGAAUGCUACGAGCUGCAGGUUUGCGUGAAGGACUACUGCUUUGCCCGAGAGGACCGCACCGUGGGCAUGGCCGUCCUGCAGCUGAAGGACGUGGCCUCCAAAGGCAGCGUCGCCUGCUGGCUGCCGCUCGGUAAACGCAUCCACAUGGACGAGACGGGCCUCACCGUCCUACGCAUCCUCUCCCAGCGCAACAACGACGACGUGGCCAAGGAGUUCGUCAAGCUCAAGUCGGACCAGCGAUCCGCAGAGGAGGGCCGCAGCUAAGAGGCAAAAAAAAAUCCAACGUCGCCACCUACAACUGCCCCAGAGCUCUCCUGAGCCGCUGCAAGUCACUGCCCUGAUGAUCCAGUGUUGUAAAAGCACAGAUAAGACGACAGUCACGAGUCACAUCCAAUGCUGUAAAUACAUUUAUUUCAGUGGAGAAGACAUAGUGCUAAUCAGAGCAUCGCACAUUUUCUUAAAAAAAGAAGUGUCUUUAUAGUUGCUGAUGUUAUCAACCAUCUUUUCGAUAGAGUUCAAUCAUAGAGAAUAUAUCUACUCUGCUCUACUCGUAGAGGAGAGUCCUGCCAUUCCACACACACACCUCAUUUCAGGGUCAGGGUGACAAAUAUCUUGUAGCCUUUAAUAUUUUUGGCUUUCUUUCUCACUUUUUUCCGCCUUUUUUUAACUCUAAACCUCCCUCCACCCGCACUUUUCUCUAGUCCCUUCCCUGGUUUGCACCCGUGUAGAGAAGGGACCGCAAGUGCCAACAAAUCGCUGACAAAUGCCAAGACCAGCCCUAAGCACAACAGGACCAACUGUCCAACUGACCCAUAAACAACAACAACAACAAUGGCCACAUGGCUUUAAACAUUCCAGAUAUCGGGUGGGGAACACACACUGGGAACAAAGCACUAUUUAGUUAAGAUAAGUUUAUUGUUUGUUUACUUCUUUCUUCCAGAUUAUAUUUUAAUAAUUCUAUAUAUCACCAUAUAUAUAUAUAUAUAUAUAUAUAUAUAUAUAUACAUAAAAACAUAAAUAUAUAUAUAUAGACAUUAUAUAAAACAUGAAAGACGUAUGUAAAGAUACAAACAGGAUUAUUCGAUGGACGUGUGGUACUUCAAAGAUUGUCCUUGUCUGUCUUUCUGUCCGUCCACCCUGUAACAGAGCACACUGCCUGACACCCUCAAUGCCUUCUGUCUCGUUGACCCUCGUACAGUCCGUCCGUCUGUCUCCUGUAUAUCGACUGUAUGGGGAGAUGACUCUGGUGAAAACACUGUGAUUCAUCAGAUUAUGUGUGUGUGGGAGAAAAGUGUGUGAUUUGAGCACAACGUGUGCAUGUGUUUGUACUAAUGUUGACCUCAUGUAGCCGCCCGUGUUGCCUGUUGCCUGCUAAUGUAAUCACAGAAAGCCAUCACGAGCAAAGAACGUCACACAGGGAGGGUAACGGGGUUUCCGCGGGUUCAUUUUCUAAUCAGAUUCGGAGAGAUUCUUUCAUUGUGUUUACUUAUGCGAGAUGGUUAUCGCCAUCUUUUCUUUUUCAGUUUUACUGCAAACAUUCCUCAGCCCUUUAGUGGGUGUGUGAGCGGUGCAUUAUGAGGAGGAAACGCUUAACUGCCACCUCCUUUUCUUAACAAAAUAUAAAAAGUACUCGCCAACAUAUGUAAAAAAAAGAUGAAAUAAACACGUUCUUGAGACCCUAUUUUGAGGUAAAAUAUCUACAUCCUGCACCCCAGGGAGAGUGAUCCCGCAGUUUCCUAAAGAUCCAGCUGCAGGUGCUGCAACCGUGAAUCCUGGUCGAAAAGUAAGACCUCUGCUAAAGGGCUGCAGAUCCAGACCACACCAGGUACUGGCGCUGACAUUUUAAAAGAGGGCCUACAGUUAAAGUCUUUCAGUCUAAUCAGUGUGGAGAAUCGACAUUGUAGUGUGAAGAUUUUUAGAAGCACAGGGUCUUUGCUGCACCCGUAAUAACACAUUUAUACUCCGAUCCUGUUUUUGUCUCUCAGUAAUUGUUGCAGGAAUCGUUUCGAAUCAUCCAACGGUUCAACCGCCUGUCACUUUCAUGUGAAAACUUAAAUGUUUUAAAUGGACUAUUCGCUGUCGAGCAUGUCUCUUAAUGCUACUUCUAUUUUCACUGAAUGAACCUUAUUUUAUAAGAAGAAAAAAGAUUGUUUUAUUUAUCUAUAAGAGGUUUGUAUGCUUGCUGUGAGCAUGCAGGGAAAUGAUGAUCGGGGUCUUCGGGACUCAAAAAACAGAUGUAAUAACAGGGUGUUUGGUGAUUUAUUUGAAUUCCUUAUUGUUGCCACUUGGUGGUAACUAAAUAAUUUAAAAAGCCCCCUUUAUUUGAACAAGGUGUAAGAACUGAACUCUAUGCAUCUGAUCUAUUAAAUCUCCGUAGAUGAGUCGAGCAAGUCUUAUAAUGUUUACAUUGUGGAUUAUUAUUCUAAUUAUAUCAGCACAAGUGUUUGUCUGAUAUGUUGUAAAUGCUGUCUCUAUUGUUAAUGGGCCAAAUAUCACAGCUGUCGUAGAGCUGAUUAGAGACUGAGAUUUGUUUGUACAGCUUUUCAGCGCAGAGUGAGAGAGAAAAUAAACUAAUCUGGAGCAGA